UUCACGGUCCAGAAAUAAUGUUCAUCUGAUCGAAAUUUGAGGUAUAUAAGCACCUUAAAAUGCAAUAUAUUUUUCUAAACUCCUGCACUCUUUUGCAUUUUUAUUCUAUGAAGUGUUUCAUCUUUUUAGUAAUUUAAAAAAGUUUUACAAAUCUAUAUUAUUCAAAUAAAUAAGAAAUAUGAAAUUCUCAAAGGAAGGAAGAUUUUUUCCAAACGAAUGUUACGUCUGUAAAUCGACGAAAAACCUAAUUAGAUGUAAAUGCAAUAUGAUUUCGUAUUGUGGAGAAAAUCAUCGAUUGCAACAUUAUUCGAUUCACGAAAAUUUUUGCAAUGCGGUAAUGGAAUUAUUAAAUGAAAAAAAAGUGUCGCAUAUUUAUGAAGAGCUUUAUCCUUUACUUGGAAAAGAUUGGAAGGAUAAACGACAACAAAUCUAUAAAGAACUAAAAACAAAAUUAACGAGAUCACUGAGUCCUCUGGAAGAGUCAAUGUUUGAUCGUCCGCGAGUUUGUUAUGUUUGCUUUCAAACUAAUCAAGAGAGGUUAAAAAAUUGUUUAGAAUGCUCCAUUGCGAGCUUUUGUACAGAUUGCCUAUAUCAUGAAGAACAUGAUAAGAAUUGUAAACUAAUGCAAAAAUAUUUAAACAUGUUGCAAACGGCAGAUGUAUUGAAUGUUAAUUUACAAUUUUUACCUACAUGUUUUCCGUUUAUUAGAAAAAAUGCGAGUAUUACAAUUGAUAGACUUACGCAUACAAUGCUAUUAGAAUUUAAUGAUUCAAAGGCAUCUGCUUCACGAAGUAUCAAGUUAAAAAUUAUACUGCUUAAUUUUAUUGACGCUGCUUCAAUAUUUCAUACUGCAUUACAAAAAAUCCAAAAUAUUGAUUCUUCGGAAAUAAUUAUUCACUUAGACGCGCUCGAUUAUAAACAUGUGAUUGUAGAAAAAAAUUAUUGGGAAUUUCUUUUACAUUUAAAUUCAGAUAUAAAUAUUUUAAAAAUUGUCAUCACUGGAUGUAAAUAUCGCUCCAAAUUUAAAAAUUCUCUUUGUAAAGAAUGUUAUUCUAUGAAGAAAAAUUUGUCUAUCGAAAGAUAUUCAAUGUCUUAUGAAGAGUACAUUUUGCAAGAAAAUUACCAAAAACCCACUGCUCUGUUUUAUUGCAAAGUUGAAAAUGAUGAAAAUUUUCAAAGAACAAAAGAAUGGAUUAAAGUUGCAAGUCCUAUUGUUUUACCAAAUCUUUCAAAGGAAUAUUUUUAUAAAUACAAAAGUAUUCUCGAAUUUUCAUCUGCAAAGUUUGAAAUUAUUUAUGAAGGAAAAAUUAACACGCCAUUCAGUGAUAAAUCUACACACGAAAAUGACGACUAUAUUCUAAUUUUCAAAUUAAAAGGAACUAAAGAUUUUAUUAAAUCACAAGUUGAUAAUUCCAGCACAAGUGGAAAUAAUGAAAUAAAAAUUAGUGAUAAUGCGACUGAUUCCAAUGCCAAAACAGUUCGAAAUGAAUUGCUUCAAGAGAACAAAACUCAAGAUAAUAUUAAAUUUCAAGAAAUUAAAGACAAAAAUAUAAAUUUGAGUUUGUUUGAUUUUAUUCUGGACAUAAGUCCAGUAGAAAAUCAAACAAACUCGUUAUCUCAUCAGAAUAAUUUUGAUAGUAAUCGAGAAACAAAGGAUGUUAAAUCCCUUUCAGCAUCUUCAUCUGUAUCGCCAUUUACCAUUAUUUCAGAAACAAAAACUCAAAAAACAAAAACAUUUUUGAACAAAGACUCUAAACUAGAUGAAAAGAAAUCCCUUUUGGAAACUCAUGUCAAUAAUUCAAAAAGUAAAGAAGAUGAUAAUAAAAAAAUCGCUGACGAAAAAGUUAUUAAUAAACAAAAUAUCGACGGUGAAACUCAAAAAUCAGAGAAGGAGAGUCAAUUAAUGGAAGUGAAUUUUUUAGAGAAACACAUUUCAUUUCUUCAAACUGAAAAUAAUAAUUUACGACAAUAUUUAAAUUUAUCAAAAGAAGAGAACACAAAAUUACGAAAGGAAAUGUUAGAACUUGAGGAAAGAUGUUCUAAUAAUACAAAUGAAAAUGUGAUAAUUCGAGAUGAAAAUGUGAGAGUACGUGAACACUUAAAUUUAUCAAUUGAACAAAUCACAUUAUUGAAGAAAAAAAAUUUAGAGCUUGAAGAAAUUUGUAUUAAAUUAAUUGAGAAUAACAAAUUAAUAAAAGAAACUACAAACAUCAUUGAUGAACUUGAGAAAAAAAUUUCUUAAAUUCAGUUGAAAAAAAAAACUUAUUCAUUAUUACAGUAUUAUUAUUACGUUACUACACAUGUAAAAAAAAAAUUAUAUUUUCGCAUUUUUAAUUUGUAAUAAUCUUUUAAUAUUUUUUCUUUUUUUCCUUAAAUGUUACAUUAAGUUAUUUGCAUUGUCUUUAUAUUAUUAAUGUAAUGAAAAAUUUUCGAAUAAAUUUUAAUUUUUAUAAUUACAUUA